UAUCUUUUUGUCAUUUAUCCCCACAAAUACCUUCAUCGCUUUCCCCUUCACUCCUCGCGAGUAUGCUCUCCCAGUCUCCCUCGCCACUGAACACAGAACACGCUAGCCACGACCUCGCCACUGGACUCACCUACAUCUCUCUCUCUCUCUCGACUCGACUGUCGCGACUCCCCACGCUCGCCCCCGCUCUCCUACCACCACCUUUUUGGUUGCCUCUCAUUGUGGUACCCUUUGGAUACCUUGUCACACCAAUCCUAUAUAUUCAUACCAUUUUAAUGAAAAGCCUUUCCUUUAUGAAAAUUGGCUUGGUUCUGCUGUGACAAAAGUUGAUUUUGAUUGGAUUGAUUAUAUAAAAUUGAUUUUGGUUGAAUGAGGGUUGAACAUAAAGUUUGGAUACAUUGACGAAAAGAAGUGAUUUUUGUAAAUUCAUGUUUGAAUAAUUGUUUUUUUGUGUUUAUAUAUGUCCUUAAUUAUGUCAUCCACGUUUAAUAAUUUUGAGAAUUGAGUCUUGAUUUUGGAUAUGAAAUCAAUUUUGAGGCUGGAAGCUAAACGUAACAAAUUUGUAGUCAAAUCACAUCAAUCCAAACAUGAUUUUGGGAGGUAUAGACGUUGAACAAAACAUGGCUUAGUCUUACGACCCACCUUUUUUUUUUCAAUGGAAAAAGAACACUUAUUAGUGAAGAGUGCUACAAUGAGGGAUGAUAAGUUGUUGUCCAAAACAGAGAAAUGAAAUAGUCAGGAAUGUAGAGAAAGGUUGUCUAGUCUAUCUGCAUGUCAGAAGUAGAAAAUCCCAUGAAACUGCCACAGACCCAAAUAUGGGAGCCAUAGUAUUGUAGAGCUUUGAUACUUCAGUCUAUCACACUUUGUGGAUUUCCUUAAUGUAUUAAAUUGGAUUACCCCUUAAAUUCAAUCAGAGUCUGUAAGUCAAGGAUCUGACCAUGCACACAGCAUUUUAUAGCCAUCAUGUAUUCUGCUUCUCUUACAGAAACUUGCGUACAAAUGCAAAGAGUCGUUUGGUGAAGAUUCGUGCACCAUAUAUCUCUCAAUUCAAUUCAAAAUGCGAAUUCAAUAGGAGACCUUGUAUUUAUAAUUCUCCUGUCACCAUUAAUCAAAAGAGAUUGUUUGUGCUCCCUAACACAAAUGAUGGCCACCCAACUGCUUCUACAAUGGAUGAUGAAAUGAACACAAACCAUGUUCCUAAUGUUAUAUCACCAAUGUUUCUCAGCAAUUGGUCACCACCAACCUACCUAUGGAGGGGAUUAUCAGUUUUAAUCCUAGCAGGGAAGGUGAUUAUGAAGAUUUUAAAGGGAAAGGUUCAUUGGAGGAAUACUCUUCAACAACUAGAGAGAGUUGGUCCAAAGUCGGUUGGAGUGUGUCUUUUAACCUCGGCCUUUGUUGGCAUGGCAUUCACAAUACAAUUUGUGAGAGAGUUCACUAGGUUAGGAUUGAAUAGAUCAGUAGGUGGUGUUUUAGCUUUAGCUUUCUCUAGGGAGCUAAGUCCCGUGGUUACAGCGAUAGUCGUCGCGGGACGCAUUGGAAGUGCUUUUGCAGCAGAAUUAGGAACUAUGCAGGUUUCUGAACAAAUUGACACAUUGCGAGUUCUUGGAUCAGACCCUGUUGAUUAUCUAGUGACACCGAGAGUGAUUGCUUCUUGUAUUGCUUUACCUCUUUUGACCUUAUUGUGUUUUACAUUAGGGCUGGCGUCUAGUGCCCUACUCGCUGAUGGUGUUUAUGGAAUUAGCAUUAACAUUAUUUUGGAUUCGGCUCAGCGAUCGCUCAGAGCAUGGGAUAUUAUUAGUGCAAUGAUCAAGUCAGGAGUUUUUGGUGGUAUUAUAUCUAUUGUGAGCUGUGCUUGGGGAGUUACAACUAUGGGAGGUGCUAAAGGUGUUGGAGAAUCAACAACUUCAGCUGUUGUUAUUUCUCUUGUUGGUAUCUUCAUUGCUGAUUUUGCUCUUUCUUGUUGUUUCUUCCAAGGAGCUGGAGAUCAGCUAAAGAAUUGCAUCUAAGCAACUGAUUAUGUGUAUGCAGAUUUUGCACAUAUGUACAAAAAAGAGUUUGGUAUGAAUUUAAUUUUUAUUUUUUUUAUAACGUUGCAUUUGUUGUACAAGUCACGUUCUUUUCCAUAAGUUGUUUCACUUGAAUAAAUAAACAAGAAUUGGCCCCGUUGUUACAGUUAAA